UCAAAAAAAAGUCAUCAAAGCGGGGUGUGGACUGGGUUUUGUGUUGCUUCAUUUUUUCGAAUAUUUAAGUUCUCGGGUUUGUUUUAUUUACAUCUUUUGUUGUUAAAGACGAUGAGCGCCGCCUGCUGAGCGAGGCAAAGGAAUUUAACUAAGUGAACGAGCCAAGCAGCAACGAUGUGGCACUUGCUGCGACCCCUGCUCGUGGUAGCCGCCGUCUUGGACGCACUGCAGCCGUCGGCUGGCCAAAUCGACCCUUACUACAACCAAAAUCAGCAGCAGCAGCAACAGCAACAGAACCCGCAGUUUCCCACCCAGCAGUGGGGCAACAAUCCCCAAACGAACCAGUAUGGCAACCAGUUCGGUAAUCUGGACAGCAACUCUCCCCAGACGAAUCAGUUUGGCAACAGCCUGAACAAUCCCCAAGCGAAUCCCAACGAUCGUCCGCCCUACAGGACGGAUGCUGGCAGCUACAACGACCUCACCGGCCAGGAUGAGUUCGGCAAGAGGCAGCAAGGUGUGGGCUUUCCGGAGGAGGAACCCAGUUUGACGCGCGGAAAAUCGUCUUACAACGUGAAGGCCACCUUCCUGGAGUCGUUGCAUUCGCGGGAGCCCACCUACUUCAUUGUGGCCUCGCGAAUGGUGCGUCCCGGUCUCAUCUACCAGGUGUCCGUGUCCAUCCUCCAGGCCCAGUACCCGAUCACAGUGCACGCGAGUAUCUCGUGCGACGGCGUCCAGAUUAGCGGCGAUUCCAAGGACGUGAAGGAGGGAGUUCCCGAGACGCUGCUCAUGCGCAUUCCACCCACGAGUGUGAUCGGAAAGUACAAGCUGAGAGUCGAGGGCUUCUUCCAGAACGUUUUCGGCGGACUGGCCUUCCUCAACGAAACCAAGCUGGACUUUUCCCAGCGAUCGAUGACCAUCUUUGUGCAGACGGACAAGCCCCUGUACAUGCAGGGCGAGACGGUCAGGUUCAGGGCCAUUCCCAUUACCACCGAACUCAAGGGAUUCGACAAUCCCGUGGAUGUCUACAUGCUGGAUCCAAACAGGCACAUCCUUAAGCGUUGGCUCUCGCGACAAUCCAACUUGGGUUCCGUCUCGCUGGAGUACAAGCUGUCCGAUCAACCCACCUUCGGCGAGUGGACCAUCCGGGUUAUUGCCCAGGGCCAGCAGGAGGAGAGCCACUUCUCCGUGGAGGAGUACUACCAGACACGCUUCGAAGUCAACGUGACCAUGCCCGCCUAUUUCUUCACCACGGAUCCGUUCAUCUACGGCCGGGUGAUGGCCAACUUCACCAGUGGGCUGCCCGUGAGGGGAAAUCUCACACUGAAGGCCACCAUUCGCCCCAUCGGCUACUUCAGCAACCAGGUGCUCAACGAGAAGUAUCGCCUGGGACGAUCCCCGCUGGAGCAGGCCAAUCGAUACAACGAGCGCUGGCGCUACAACAAUCCCAACCAGAACCCCCAGAUACAGUACAAUGUACCCGGCCAGCUGCCCCAGGACGGAGCCGAUCUCUCCCAGGAUAUACUGUACAGGAAUCAGUACGUGGUGGAGCGCCACUACCAGUUCGAGGAAGAGUGGCCGUUUUGGUUGAAGAAGCCCGAGUACCAGGAGAACUUCGACAACUACAAUUCGUGGACAAGCAGCUACCGAAAAUCGCUACCAUACCUGCGCUAUUUCAACGGCACCUUCGACUUCAAAUGGCCGCUGAGGGAGUUGGAGCUCCUCGUGCCCAAUCUGGCCAACUCCGAGAUCCUGAUCACAGCCACGGUGGGCGAGAAGUUCUACGACGAGAUCAUCAGUGGCUACUCGGUGGCGAGGGUCUACAAUUCCAGCCUGCGAGUGGCUUUCCUGGGAGAGUCGCCUCAGGUCUUCAAGCCGGCCAUGCCCUUCACCACGUACCUGGUGGUGGAGUACCACGACGGUUCUCCCAUCGAUCCGAAUCUUCUGCGUCAGGGUCUGAUGGAGGUGUCUGGAUUCGUGGAGAGCCGCAAUGGAGGCCGCCGCGACUGGCCCACCCAGAGGUUGCAGAUGUCGUUGCUGAGUGACGGCAUCUGGGAGGUGAAGAUCGACAUCCGGAACGACCUGAACUUGGACGAUAGGCCGCAGUCGAGGGACUUCCUCAACGGCAUCCAGAACAUGCGGCUGCAAGCGAACUUCGUGGACCCGCGCGGCGAGCGCCUCCAGACGGAGCUCCUCCUGUUAUCCCACUACUCCCCGAGAAACCAGCACAUCAAGGUCACCACUAGCACGGAGCAGCCAGUUGUCGGAGAAUACAUCAUCUUCCACAUUCGCACCAACUUCUACCUGGAGGAGUUCAACUACCUGAUUAUGUCCAAGGGCGUGAUCCUGGUGAACGAUCGCGAGACUAUAACGGAGGGAAUCAAGACCAUUGCUGUGGUACUGAGCGCAGAGAUGGCUCCGGUGGCCACGUUGGUGGUGUGGAAGAUCACCCAGCAGGGUCAGGUGGUGGCCGAUUCCCUGACCUUCCCGGUGAAUGGCAUCUCGAGGAACAACUUCACCGUGUACAUCAACAACCGCAAGGCAAGGACCGGAGAGAAGGUGGAGGUGGCCAUCUUCGGAGAGCCCGGCUCCUACGUGGGACUCUCGGGCAUCGACAGCGCCUUCUACACAAUGCAGGCGGGCAACGAGCUCACCUACGCCAAGAUCAUCACCAAGAUGUCCAACUUUGACGAGCAAACGAAUGGAACCUACAAGCACAUUUGGUAUUCCCACGAGGGCAAUCCCGACGAGCUGGUCUACUUCCCGGCCUCCUCCUUCGGCGUAGACGCCAACAGAACGUUCGAGUACUCCGGGCUGGUGGUCUUCACGGACGGCUAUGUUCCCCGAAGGCAGGACACCUGCAACCGCACCUUGGGCUACGGAGAGUGUCUCAGUGGCCGGUGCUAUCGGCUGGAGAAGCAGUGUGACGGCCUGUUCGACUGCGAGGACGGCACGGACGAGAUCGGAUGUCAUGUCCGGAACGACACAGAGCUCCUGAACUACCGCAAGUACCGAUUCAACCGCGUCCUCCGCCACUACGAGAACGUCUGGCUCUGGAGGGAUGUCAACAUUGGACCCCACGGGCGCUACAUCUUCAAUGUGGAGGUGCCCGAUCGCCCGGCCUACUGGAUGGUCAGUGCCUUCAGUGUGAGUCCCUCGAAGGGAUUCGGCAUGAUCAACAAGGCCCUGGAGUAUGUCGGAGUGCAGCCGUUCUUCAUUAACGUGGAAAUGCCGGAAGCCUGCCGCCAAGGUGAGCAGGUGGGCAUCCGCGUCACCGUCUUCAACUACAUGACCACCCCGAUCGAGGCCACUGUGGUUCUGCACGGCAGUCCCGACUACAAGUUUGUGCACGUGGAGGAGGAUGGCAUCGUGCGCUCCUACAAUCCCAGGACCAGUUCUGGCGAGCAUCAGUUCUUCAUCUACUUGGAGGCUCAGGGCACCACGGUGGUCUAUGUCCCGGUGGUGCCGCAGCGGUUGGGCAAUGUUGAUGUCACCCUGCAUGUAGCCACUCUGCUGGGUACGGACACCAUUACCAGAAGACUGCACGUGGAGUCCGAUGGUCUGCCGCAGUACCGUCACCAGUCCGUGCUUCUUGAUCUCUCGAACCGAGCCUAUGUCUUGGAAUACAUGCAUGUGAACGUGACCCAAACCCCUGAGAUUCCCUACCAGGUGGAUCGUUAUUUCGUGUACGGUUCGAACAGAGCGAGAAUAUCGGUGGUGGGAGACGUUGUGGGUCCCAUUUUCCCGACCAUGCCGGUCAAUGCCAGCUCGCUGCUCUACUUGCCCAUGGAGUCCGGCGAACAGAACGCCUUCAGCUUCGCUGCCAAUCUGUACACCAUCAUGUACAUGCGACUGAUCAACCAGCGCAACAAGACCUUGGAGAAGGAGGCCUUCUACCACAUGAACAUUGGCUACCAGCGCCAGCUGAGCUUCAUGCGACCCGACGGCAGCUUCUCCCUCUUCCGCUCCGACUGGAACAACUCUGACUCCUCCGUUUGGCUUACCAGCUACUGCCUGAGGGUGUUCCAGGAGGCCAGCUUCUACGAGUGGGAGAACUUUAUCUGGAUCGAUGCCAGCAUAAUUGAGAAGAACAUGCGUUGGCUGCUCCAGCACCAGACGCCGCAGGGCUCCUUCUACGAAGUCACAUGGCUGCCGGACAGGAAACUAAACCGCACCAACUUCGACAAGAACAUCACGCUUACCUCCCACGUGCUCAUCACGCUGGCCACGGUCAAGGACAUCUCUGGAACCAUGGGAUCCCGAGUGGCGCUGGCCACUCAGCGUGCGCUGGCCUACAUCGAAAGGAACAUGGACUUCCUGAAACGCCAGGCGGAACCGUACGACAUCGCCAUCACUGCCUACGCCCUGCAGCUGUGCAACUCACCGAUCGCUGAAGAGGUCUUUGCCAUUCUGCGACGCCAUGCCCGCAACAUAGGUGACUUCAUGUACUGGGGCAACCAGGAGAUCCCGCAACCGCCUCGAAAGCUGGAAAAUCAGAAGUGGUUCUCCCUGCCCCGGUUGCCGUACGAAUACGAUUCCCUGAACAUAGAGACGACGGCCUACGCCUUGUUGGUUUAUGUGGCUCGGCGAGAGUUCUUCGUGGAUCCAAUCGUUAGAUGGUUGAACUCGCAGCGCCUGAACGAUGGUGGAUGGGCUUCCACCCAGGACACCAGUGCCGCUCUGAAGGCCCUAGUGGAGUACACCGUGCGCUCACGUCUGCGCGAGGUUUCAGCCCUGACUGUGGAAAUCGAGGCCUCCUCCCAGGGCGGCAAGACCCAGACCCUGAUGAUAGAUGACACCAACUUGGCCAAGUUGCAGAGCAUAGAGAUUCCCGAUGCAUGGGGUACCAUCAAGGUCCAAGCCAAGGGCGCCGGCUACGCCAUCCUACAGAUGCACGUCCAGUACAAUGUCGACAUUGAGAAGUUCCAGACCAAGCCGCCAGUGCCAGCCUUUGGCCUCCACACCAAGGCCAUUUUCCACGGCAGGAAUCAGUCGCACAUCUCCUAUGUGGCCUGCCAAAACUGGAUAAACACCAAUGAGUCGCAGCGCUCAGGCAUGGCUGUGUUGGACGUGGCCAUACCCACGGGCUACUGGAUUCAGCAGCAAAAGCUGGACACCUACGUGCUCAGCAAUCGUGUGAGGAAUCUGAGGAGGGCACGUUACCUAGAGCGCAAGAUUAUCUUCUACUUUGAUUAUCUUGAUCAUGAAGACAUUUGCGUUAAUUUCACAAUUGAACGCUGGUAUCCAGUCGCCAACAUGUCGCGCUACCUGCCGGUGAGAGUCUACGACUAUUAUGCGCCGGAGCGCUUUAACGAAUCAAUAUUUGACGCCCUGCCCACAUAUCUGCUGAACAUUUGCGAGGUGUGCGGCAGCUCGCAGUGUCCCUAUUGUUCCAUAUACAACAUGGGCUGGCGCACCUCCAUGUCCAUGUCGCUGCUGUUCUUCAGCGUUUUCAUCUACCUGCUGAGGAGUCGCACGCACCUGGUCCUCAACAUGCUGCAUUUGCUCACAUAGUGAAGGCAUAGAUAUAGAAGGCAACAGAGUCACCCACGAACACGCAUUGCUAGGAUCUGUCUGUUUUUUGUUCGUUCUUUAGUUUUUUUACGUUUAGUUUUUUGAGUUGUAGUAGUUUUUAUUAUUUUGCCAAACGAAAUUGCAUUCCGUCCAAAAAUGCUGGUCAACUUUUUGGCUUUCUUCUUGUGUAGUAGUGUACUCCAUUGACCCGCUGUAUAAUUGAAAUGUGUACAAAACAGCAGCUAAAUACUUUUACUUUUAUUUUAUAUCGCUGAACAAAGAAUCUUCUGCAUGUAGCAUCCUAUAUGAAAUGUAUAUUGUAAGUCUUAAACCAUGAUACCAUGCCUUAUCAUAGAGCGGGCUUCAAGUGCGGAGUUAUGAGAAAUCAUCAAACCAAUGUGUCUUUCACAAAAUGCCUUUAAUAGAUUUUAGAAAUCUUAAGCAACAUAUCUUGACGAUACUUGCAUAAGCACAUAUCGAAUGAAAAUUACCUAAAUUUAAAAUCUUAAUCUUGAAUAUUUUUGUAACGAAAUGGAAACCGUCCACUUUAUUUAUGCAACUAACGAAUCUGCAUAGUCUGUAAGUUUUAUACGUAUUUACCCUCUACCACUUCAAACCACAAAUAGUUUGUAUUACCACUCACCCAGCCAUGUACUCGAAGCCGACGAGGAUCUACCGAGGAUAUAUACCCCUCGUUUGUAUAACUGAGUAGAGUCUAUCCCCACUCCACUACCGUAAGAAUCGAAUCUCUUUGUAACUUGUGUUUUCUUUUGUAAUGAACGAAACUGAAAAUGAAAUAAAUGAAAGUAAUGUUUUACCA